AUGGAUUCGACCGAGAUCGUCGAUUGCAUGGCUGAUCAGGAUGUUAUUGAAGCUCGUAAGAUAACUAAAAUGGAUGACGGUAUCAGAAGGAGCACAGCAUCAGUCAUUUUCACCUUCAGUACUGCUAAGUUGCAAGAGAGGAUUCAUGUAGGUUACGAGUCGGUUCCCGUUCGUCCCUACAUUCCGAAUUCUCUCCGUUGUUUCAAGUACCAGCUUUACAGUUACCAUGACAACGCUUGUCGGUCUUCCCAUGCUUACUACGGUAGAUGUGCAGGUGAGGGCCACUCGGUGGACCAGUGCACAUCCUCGGUGGAUAAGUGCCGUAACUCCGAAGCAGCGACCCAAGGCGAGCCGCGCGUGAAGGUCCACCAAGGCAACCUGGUGCUCCCGCAAGGGCAGUUCAACCAGUCUCUGUCUUCAACAGGAAGGUGUAAGGAGCUGUACUCUGCUGUUAACAAAAUGUCUCCGUCUCCUGUUAUUGUUGCCUUCCUGACUCUUCUGGUUCAGGCACACGGCCAGAUCCCGUAUGAAACUCAUCCGUCUUACUACCCGCAGCCGGUGCAUCCCGUUACCGAGACGGUGACAGUGACAGAGACUCAAACGAUUCGCGUCCCCGUGACGUCAGAUAUCUGGGUGAGCACAGCGACUCCUUACACUGUGCGGGUGACGAGUCUCGCGACUGAUUAUACCUUCGUGCCCGCCAACGCUGAGACCGUCACUGCCGUCGUUGCCGUCACAAACACUCCGAUCUCCGUUGUGCGCGAGACGAGCUGCAUCAACCCAGUGCGGACGGCAGUGUCUGUGUACACUACUUUCCUGACGGAGACGGAGAGGAAGGACUUGUACCACACCGUUACCCACGUCGAUGUGCAUCACGAGAUCAACACCGUGGCUGUGCCGUCUGUCCAGACCCUUGUACAGAGGGCUACCACCACCACCAUCCAGUUCACCACCGUCACUGUCACCUCCACUACUUUUGGCUACUACCAUUAAAUUGAAAUGGUUAUAGACAUGAAAUUGUUGGUAUUUGUAAUGUCUAAUGUCUAUCGGUAAAAAUAAAGUAUUACUCUACUGAA